AUGACUGAUGAUGAACUAGACGGUAAAGUGAGGGCAAUCAAGUCAAGACUCCCCCACACAGGUUACCGCCUUAUGAAAGGGUGCCUGCAGUCAGAGGGCUACCAUGUGCAGUGGGAGAGAGUGAAGGCUUCCAUGCACCGUGUGGAUACAGCUGGGAUCUUGGACAGAUACAACAUAGUGAUCUUUGGUGGGAUCGACGGGUUUUCACGCAAGAUCAUGUACCUUAAAACAGCCACCAACAACCGUGCUGCCACUGCCUUUGACUUUUUCAUGGAAGGUGUUAUGAUGUUUGGUUGGCCUUACAAGGUGAGAGCUGAUCAGGGUGUAGAGAAUGUUGACAUUGCUAGAGCAAUGUUCACCACCCGAGGAACUGGACAUGGAAGCUUCAUAUCUGGAAAGAGCGUCCAUAACCAGAGGAUUGAACGCCUAUGGAGGGACGUGUGGACUGCAGUGACCCAUGUCUACUACGAUGUCCUGCACAGCUUAGAGGAUGAAGGACUCCUGGACCUUGCUGACAGUUUGCAUCUGUUCUGUGUACACUUUGUCUUUGUACCUCGGCUGCAGCAGGACCUUGAACAUUUUGCUAAAGGCUGGGAUGACCACUCUCUGCGCACAGAGAGAGGCCGGACCCCAAACCAGCUUUGGCACUUGGGUCUCAUGGAGAAUCCAGUUAUCGAGCCAGACGCUGCAGAGGGAAUGCAGAUUGAUGACAUUGACUGGGAUGCCACAGGAUUUGAAGAAGAUCCAGACAGUGGAGUUUCAGUUUUGGCAGGGACAUUUACCUAA